AAGUCCAAGGAAACAGAGGAGCUUCAUGUCAGGCACAUUCAAUUCGAGGAGCAAAGAGCAAGGCUGUCUGAAGACCUGAGAGAGAGAGAGAAGAGAUUGCUGUCAUGUGAACAGAGGUACCAGUCGCUGCAGAAACAGCUGCUGGGUGUGGAGCAGCGGGAAGAGGAAAUGACACAGAAGCACAUGCAGGUGGAGAGUGAAAACAGAACUCUGAGGACAUCGCUGCAGCGGGCCCAGGAGGAAAUAAGCACUCUGACAGAACAGAGUGAGAAGGCUGCUCUGGCUCAUCAGCACACAGCCCAGCAGCUGGCUGAGGGACUGAAGCAGAGAGCGCAGGUAGAGGCCCUGCUUCAGAGAGAGCGGGCUCAGGCAGAACUUCGGCUGAAGGAGAAGGAGCAGGAACUGAGGAUGGAGAAAGAGAUGGAGCUCCACAUUGAGAUGGAGAAGAACAGGGAACUACUGCAGCAGUACCAGAGAGAGGCUGAGCAACUUCGAAAGAAGCUGCCCUCCCUGGUGCAGACAGCCACAGAGGAGCUCCGGGCGGAGGUGGCGGCAGCGGAGGAGAAGCUGAGGGAGAUGCAGGAGGGCCAGGCCAAGCAGGAGGAGCGCAGGGAGCAGGAGGCGCUGCGCUUCGGCAGGACGGUGUCGGAGCUGGAGCGGCAGCUGCUGCAGGCCCGGGGAGACGGCCAGCAGGGGGCGCUGCAGCUGGCCGAGCUCAGGCAGGAGCUGGAGCGGACGAGGCAGGAGACCAGUGUUCUUCAGAAAGAGAACGCGCUGCUGCAGGAGACGGUGAGGCGGGAGUGUGAGGAGCGAGGGGAGCUCACGGCCGCCCUGACGCAGGCCCGCGAGGAGCUGCUGGAGAUCAGGCACGCACCUGCCCAUGCCACCCGAGGGCCCCAGCGCCCGGGCCCCACGGGGCCCCGCAGCCCCACAGAUGGGCUGACCAAGGAAAGGGAGGCGAGCAGCGGAUCGGGGAGGAGCGGGACGUUCUGGCACGGAAGAGGUGGGGGGAGAAGGGGAUCGCAGGUCACCCUGCCCAGACUGCCCCAGGAGAGGACGGCAUCAGUGAGCCAGGCUAGGGUCUCCCUAGUCAUGGGCUGGAAGGAGAGAUGUUGAGACACAUGCACAUUAAGACCAGUGUACUCAGGAAUACCAUGGUUACGCAGACUCUCCAGGGCCCCAUAACACUCACUCAAAAGCCCAAUUACCCUCUUACAGUCACACGAAUCACACACACACGCACACACACACACACGCAAGCAGGAAGCAGAGAGCGUGCCUGUGAACCAGCAGCAACCCCCUAGACACGCACCACUAGCUCACUCACUGGCUCACACACACACACACACACCAUCGACACAAAGAGACGCGUGACUGGCCCAAGCAGGCCUUGAGAGAGACGGGGGGGGGGGGAGAUGUCACGCACACACAAUCACGCCCCGCCGCUGCUUCCUGCCGCCGUUUUCCCGUGUGAUCCACGCCGCUCGUUCCAUGCCAGGUUCUUCCCACGUUUUCCUUUCUACUUCCUUUCCGUACUCUUUUUUUCGAUGACUUGGCUGGAGAAGAAGCGGGAAAUCUGCGUGGCAUGGAAAUCAUUUCCUCUCGGAGCACCACACAUGGAACGGGUUUGGGCCCUCUCUUUCAGAGAUGCUCGAGAGAAGGCCGUGUGACGAGCUGAUUCUUACUGUCAUCACGGGGGCUGUGUAAAACAAAAAAAACGACAGAAAGUGUCUUUAUUAUCUUAAUUAACCAAAGCCUGGGGUGGAAGAGGGGGGUGUAACCGAGGCCUGACAGUCAGUAUUGCAGACUCCCCGCAGCCCCAUGGUUUUUUCCCUUAAUAAUCCUGCUAUCAUGUGCUUUCACUUUAUUUUCUCCAGCCGAGCUCGACAGAAGAAAGUAUUUAUGAAGGAAGCCAUGAUCCCAUUCACAGAGCCUGCUGCACAGCCUGCUGCCCUGUUCUUUUAUCAGACAGGAACAUUGUUUUCUCCCUGAUGUUGCGCUGGGUGAGAUGGAGAGUGAGCUAACUUUGGAGUGAUACAGGACUGUGUUCCAUACCUGUCUCUGUUCAGGUAUGAGGUCAUCUUUAGCGCAAGUGAAGUCAGCCCUACAGACUCUGAAAUGUUUGAACCUUAAAUUAUAUAACUGGAAGUAAUCUGAACUGUGCACAUAUGGUACUUGAGAUUCAGUUGAGAACUGAGUUUUGGGGGGAGGGGAGCGCCAGUGAUUGUGUGCAUGUGUGUGUGUGCGUGUGUGCGGGUGUGUGUAUGUAUCUAGACUUUUUUGUGCGUGAACGUUGUAUGUGUGUAUGGAUUGACAGUGACCUCCAUAAUGUUUGGGACAAAUACUUUUUUUUUUUUUGAUUUGGCUCUGUACUCCACAAUUUUAGAUUUGUAAUAAAAAAAAUUCACAUGCGGUUAAAUUGCAGAUGUUAACAAAGGGUAUUUUUAUACAUUUUGGUUUCACCAUGUAGAAUUUUUUUAUAAACAGCCCCCCAUUUCAGCGCUUCAUAAUGUUUGAGACAAAUGGCUUCACGUGUUUCUGAUGAGUCGGGUGUGUUCAAUUGCUUCGUUAGUACAGGUAUACAAUGAUUCUAGAUGUUUGGUUUCCUUUGGAGUCUGUUAUUGGCAUUUUCAACAUGAGGUUGUGUCAAUGAAAGGUAAGGAAGCCAUUAUGAGGCUGGGAAAUAAGGAAAGGACAGUCAGAGACAUAGGCCAAACCUUAGGCUUACCAAAAUCAGGUCCUGAACUAAUAUUUAAUGUUACUCAUUAGAUAUAAGGUCUUGUAUAUUUAGGAUGCCAAGGUGCAGUGAGAUUAUCUUGACGUAGCUAACUUCAGUAGCCUUUUGUACAUGCCAUUCCCCUGGUUUCCAGGCCAUGUUAGUUAGCCUCACAUGCUAAAGGCUGCUUCAUAAUUCACUCCAAGAGAGGAGCCAUUGUUCUCUCAGACACCAUGUGUGCUGGUGAACACACACAUGACUAGACACACACACGCAACACGCGAGCCCCCUUUCAUAUCCCCUCUUUAUUUAGUCUUUUAGGAUUUUAGUUUAGAUGUGUGUUUAAUAAGGUGUGGAUUUGUGAGUGACUGCUGUUUGCAAAAGAUUUCACAAAAAGAAGUAAAGAGGCUACACUGCAAGAUGCAAGCUGCUAGUUUGCUGCAAAAACAGGAGGCAAAGUUAGUUUGCUAAGACGUACCUAAAACAGCCUGCAGAGGUUUUGUGGACAGAUGAAACCAAGAUUCACUUGUGCCAGAGUGAUGGCGAGAGCAAAGUGUGGAGGCCAAAAGGAACUGCUUAAGAUGCAAAGCAUCUGUGCAACAUGGUGGUGAGGGUGUUAUGGUUUCCCCAUGUAUGGUUGCCACAUGUCUUCCAUGAUAAUGUAACUGCUGAUAUCAGCAGGAGAAUGAAUUCUGAAGUGUACAGAAGCAUCUUUCUGCUCAUGUUCAAGCAAUUGUCUCCAAACUCACUGGAUGGCGCUUCAACCGACAGCAAGACAAUGAUCCAAAAUAUACUGCUAAAACAACAAAGGAGUUUUUCAAUGCUAAAAUUUUUCACUGGCCAAGUGAGUCACCUGAUCUGAAUCAAAUUGAACAAAUACUCAGCACCUGGUGAUGUCUAUGGCUCACAGACUUAAAGCAGUCAUUUCUUGCAAAUGAUAUGUGACAAAGUACUGAACAUGAGUACUUUAAUUUACAUGACAUUAACAUGUCCCAAACAUUGGGAUGCCCUGUAUUGGGGGAACUAUGUAGAAGGAGUGCUGUAAUUUCUACAAUGACACCAAAGUGUAUAAAAAUACCCUUAAAUAAAUGAGGAUGUGCACUUUAACCACAUGUGAAUUGUUACAAAUGUAAAGUCAGAGCCAUAUAUAUAUAUAUAUAUAUAUAUAUAUAUAUAUAUAUAUAUAUACGUCAUUGUCCCAAAAAUAUGUCCAUCUAUGUGUGUGUUUUUGUGCUAAAAUAUUUGUAGUAGAAUUGGAGCAUAAUGAUUGUGAUACACUUAUUGGUGGAAGACAGUGUUUUCUUGGAAGCUGCACUCAAGUAUAACUGGAGAAUACAAGGGGCUUGAAUUGAAGAUCACAUGCACAGUUAAAUAUCCAAAAAUAACUCAGCAUUUGGUUCCAAACAGACUAAUCAGAUUUGAAAGUACUCCCUCCCCCCUCUCUCUCUCUGUUUGUGUGUGUUUCUAUACCCUCUCUCAGAACUACAUUGGCUGAAAAUAGGCAUGUUUCUCCUCAGUUGUGUUCAUUCUGGAUGGCAGAGUCAGAGACAGGUGCUUGAGUGUUCAAAAGAUUGUCAUUCCCACAGAUCAAGUGUGGCAGCCCAACACAGAAUUUUACAUAAACAAGAAGACGCAGAGACACGGCUCUUGGGCACACACUUAGGCAGUGUUUGCUGGCCUUGUUUCCUGAGGCAUUGUAUCUCCACCUUGUGCACAUUCUCUGCUCCGUUUGGCUGCAAACAUUCCCUACAGCUGCACUCAUGACCUUUGACCCUCGGCCCUUUCAUCUUACCCUCCUGCACUGAAGGGCCUGGCGCGAUGCUUCCUGUCCAACCUGCUUUUGGACCUCUGCCUCUGUUCUCUUUGUUGUCCUUAGAACUUUCAACUCCUGCCAGAGACGUGUGUAGUAUCUGGCGCUGUGGUUUAGUUGGUCAAGGUGCCUGUCUGGUGAGCAGGAGCGCUCUGCAGCAGUUUAGCAGAAUGGUUUGGGACCUCGACUUGUAUCAUUGAGGAUGUUGUUUCAAUUCCCAGGUGGGCCACUGCUGUUGUACCCUUGAGCAAGAUACUUAACCUGGAUUGCUUCAGUAAAAUAAAUAAAUAAAAUUCAGCUGUGUAAACACAUUGAAAGUCAUGCAAUUACUCCGAAUGAGAGCAUCUGCUAAAAACCUCCAUUGUCAAUGUAAGAUCAUGCUAUCUUUUCUCUGAGUGAUGAAUAUUCCAAAUUUCAUUGCUAACUGAAAAGGAGGGGUACAAUCUUUAAGUCUUUGGGUCAGCUGCUGCUUUUCUGUGCCCCAAGUCCAUGUGAUGGUUUCCUCUCUUAUUGCUUAUUUGUCACACUGAAUGGUUUUGGAUCUUUAGACAAAAUGUAAUAUUAUACAAAAGGAAACUGAGCAAACACAAAACACAAUUUUUAAAUUAUUACUUCAUUUUCUUCAUGAAUAAAGUUGUCAGACAUGCAUAUCACUCAUGUGAAAAAGUAAUUGUCCCCUUAGUUACUCAAUCAACCAAUUAACCAAAUUUAAUUGAUUAUUAGAUUCAGCUGAUUGAACACUGCCAGGUUUAAUUGCAACCAGCCCUGCUGAAUGUAAACCUCACUCAGACUGAAUUUUAUCAUCAGAGUGAAGUAGUCACCACACAGUUUCUACAGGCACUCUCUACCACGAUCAAAGGAAAUACCAAAAGACUGUUGAAAGGGUUACAAAGCCGUUCCUAAGGCUCUGGGACUCCACAGAUCCACAAUGAGAGUGACAUUUGGAACAGUGGUGAAUCUUCCCAAGAGUGAUUGGCCUGCCAAAAUUUCACCAAGGACACAGUGACAACUCACAAAAGAUCCCAGAAGAACAUCCAAAGACCUCUGCAGACCUCUCCAACCUCAGCUCAGGUCAGAGUUCAUGACUUGACAAUAAGAGAGUGACUGGGGAAAAAAUGGAAUUCAUGGGAGAGCAGCAAACCACUGCUAACCAAGAGAACAUCAAUGCUGGUCUCACAUGCAAAAAAGCACCUGUAUAAUCCUCAAGAUUUUUGGAAUAAUUUUCAAUUGACAGACUUUUUGGUUGACCCAUUAUGUCUGGCAUAAAGCAAAUACAGCAUUUCAUAGUAAGAACAUCAUACCAACAGUCAAACAUGUUGGUGGCAAUGUGAUGGUGUGGGGAUGCUUUGCUACCUCAGGACAUGGUUGACCUGACAUUAUUUAAAGAACCAGUCAUCUGUCUGUGAGCUGAAGCGUAAUUGGGUUAUGCAGCAAGACAAUGAGCGAAGGUGGGGUUCUUUCCGCUAACUGAACCCACCACCCACCACCUUCCCCCCAACUCAGGGUCAUAUCACAUAUUUUCCACCUCUUUAACCUAAGGGUACAAAGUGAAGUGGAAAGUUAUAGCCAGGUUCAUUCUUUGCUAUUCAGUUAAAGGGUGAGAGAGAAACAGUGUGGCCUGGAUCCUAGGUCAUUUUACAUCAGACACUCAGACUGUUGAAGUGUAUGUAGCUUUCUGGAGAAAGCAUUAUGAAACCUCCCCUGACACAAGAGUACUCAUCCCAGCCUGUGCUGAAGAAAGACACUCUUGCCUACUGGUACCUAAUAGCUGGGGAACUGCACUAGAUGCAGGUCAAUCCUUCAGUAUUUCUUUUCAGUAAGAGAAUAAGGGGAAGUGACCCUUGUGCAGUACCUGUUUGCCUUGGAAACAUACUUGCGUACCAUGGCAACUGGCCUACCUUCGGGGUGGUUAGUUUUUGCCAUGGUUACUUGGCUUUGUAGCAUGGCAACUUACCAACUUGAACAUCUGGGUGUGGAAUCUGUUCCUGUCCAAGGAAACUGCAGAUGUUUUGAAACUCCUGAUCCUGUUACGUCAAUGCCCAUGGGCUAGUAUGAUCACUCCUCUCUGCGUAGAUCACCGCACUGGAUCAUUCUUCUCUGUAUAUAUCACCACACUGGAUCACCCUUCUCUAUAGAUCAUUACACUCUGGAUUACUUCUGUCUGUACAGAUCACCAUGCUCGGGAUCAGCCUAAUCAGAUAACCACUGUGUAUUUGAGAUGAGAGGCUGGCUCUUGGUUUCUGUACGUGUGACAGUGUUGUCAGUAGGCAUCAGGUUUCAGCAUCCCAAGUACUUUGUGUUAAAGAAUGUGUGGUGAUAUCAUACAGGGGGCAGACUAGUGUGGAUAUUAAAACAUCUUUUGGCAAGAUAUUUCAUAUGUAGCCUAAAUAUAUAUUGUUUAUGUUUUAUAUCAAGUCAAAUGACUUUGAAGGUGGCUGAUCUGAAGUGGGGAAAUGGCUAACAUCAUCACCUAAUUUUUGCCCAGAAUGUAAUCACGCUCCACAGUAGAGGAUGGCAUCAUAAGCUUCUACUCUAAGUGAACAGAGCCAUGGGAAAGUGCCAAUAGGAGUAGUGGAGAUGAGGAGAAGAAGGCCAUAGGAACAGCUGGUGCUGAGUGCUGAGUAUACACUGUAUUUUUAAUCUGGGUGAUGGCAGUUCAGGGAGACUGUCUGAAAACCUUACUCUAAAUGUUCCUAAACACGUCCCAGUUUCAGUGAGAAAACAAAGGGAAAAAACUUCAGCUGUCCCAGCCUGACUGACUGUAGGAGUGUGAAAGUGAGAGGCAUGGAAUGAAGAGAAAUGUUUCCUCCCAUCCUGCACUGUGGCCUCUGUUCUAUUACUGAAUCUCCCAGAAACCAACACAAUCAGGGAUGCCAAUGAAUAGCCCCAAGAUACUCUACUCUCAAAGAGGUCAUCUGUGAGCGUGCCAUGCCCUGAAGGACCAAAACAAAAUCAAUAAAUAAGAAACGCUCAGGAAAAAAAAGCUUGGCUUAAACUGGCUAUGCUGCUCUGGUUUGUCUUUCUUUGCUUCCUCCCCUCUUUUAACACACGUUUAAGUAUGAUGAGUGGAAUGUGCGCGUGUCACAGGGGAAGUCUUUCAUGACUGUGCCGAGGAUCGUGCCUAUAAACGAGCCCCUCCUAGCACGGGGUGAGCCUUUUAGCCCAGUGCUCCUGUUUGUGAUUUAUGCGCAUUCCGAGAUUCCGCCACCUCCCCCUACGCCUUCCCACACCCACAAUCGCCGUCGCCAAGGCGACAGGAAACACGCGGAGGGCUCUCCGUGGGGAUGGCGUGAGCACAGGGAAGGUGUUGCCGCAACAGGAAGUGACUGCGAAACCUCAGCCCAUCAUUUCCGAGCAUACUAAUGUGAAAACGUGUCAUGAGGCUAGGAGCUCAUAUGUCCUUUUGUAAAUCCACCCGAGCUUAAAUGUUCUCUUGUCAAACCACAUUUUUUUUGUGGGAGUUUCAAAACAAGAGCUUUAUAAAGAGCUGACAUAGCAGUAGAUGUCCACUCGUACUCAUGUGCUUGCUACAUUUUUCUUUCUAAAUGUUUUGUGUUGAUGCUGUGUGAAAGCCUUCUAGCUACAUGACCUACAAGUCCACAGUGACAAAAAGACCUCUGUUUUUGGCACAACAGAUGCUGACUUUAGUGGGUUACCAAAUUAGCCUUGCUACAUAUAUUAUUCAUUUUUGGUAACACCAGUUCACCAAGAAUCGCUGAAGGCACUGGGUAAAUUCUUCAGUAUAUUAAUAGGAUUAAGUUCCACAUAUGUUCACACUGAACAAUGCUGUGCAGCUCAUAGAUUCCUUUUGUGUCUGUGAAGCAGCUUAUCCAGCUGUCCUGGAAUACCAGAGAUGUGGAAUCAAGCUGACUUGGCAGCUCAGUGUUAGGACUCACUUGUAUUUAUAAAUGCUCUGUGAGUCACCCUGGAGGAGGACACGAGCCCAGUGAUUUAUGAAUAAAUAAUAUCGGCAAUAUGAAAAUCUCCCAGUGGAAUGUUUGACCUCGUGUUGAGGCAUGAUCUAAAGUGAAUUAAUGAGCUGCAUGAUCUGCAACGAUUUUAUAAGCUACAUUGUUGCCUCAAAUGAACAACCGAGUGGAUAGGUGCUCUCAAAUAAUCUGUAAGAGUGAAUUCUUUUUUUAAUGUAUGACCUAAUGAAAAAAAAAAAAUACAACCCAACUUCUCUGGGCAUGAUAAUUAAUUCCAUGACACUCCAAGGUAUGCCCUUCUACCAUCUGUUACUGACUGAGGUGUCUACGUGAGACCGGGAGUCUGGUAGACAUGCUGGAUGGGGCCCCAGUGUUGUCAGGGUGGGUGCUUAUGAAAUUGUGUGGUUUCCAUGGCAGAGACAGGACAGUGUCAACAGUGCAACAAGGAUGAGGACAUUGCAUUAUAUAACAGCAGAAGGGUCUCAUUGAAAUCAUAGUGUAUACACAGCCUUACCCCAAGCACUGACCAUUAAUCAGCAAUUACUUGUGUGGCAGAUUUGUUUGGUCAGUAUUAUGGUAUGGAAGAAAGGGAUCUGUCAAAGUUUGUGUAAAACUGAUGGUGAAACAAUCCUCUGCCUAAGAACAUUUAUUUUUAUCCUGUGCCAAUCUUUACGCCAUACUUUUCUUUUCAAUCUUUUUUUGUUUGCCAUUUUUCUCCUAUUUUCUCCCCAAUUUAGUUAUACCAAUUCCCUGUGUGCAUCACGGUCCUGGUAGAUGCGCUAUCCUUCUGUUGGUCUGGGGAGGGUGUAGACUACCACAUGCCUCCUCCAAUACAUGUGGAGUCGCCAGACACUUCUUUUCACCUGACAGUGAGGAGUUUCACUGGGAGAGUGUAACGGGUGCGGAGGUUCACGCUAUCUACCCCAGAUCCCCUCCCUGCUGAACAGGCACCCCAACCAACCAGUAGGAGUCACUUUAGUUUAUUGCUGUUUAUUUAUCUACAUAGAUAUCCCUUCAACAAGGUUGAACCUGUGUACAAUUACUAUUGUUAUCAUACCAACAUCAUAGUUGGUUUAUUCACAUCUCAGAACCUUUCACAUGCUGUGAACUAAUCAUAUGGCUAAUGUGUUACUCUUUAUCAUUCAAGGGCAAACCAGCGGGGAUAGUUCCAAAUCCACAACCCGGGUGCAGUGACCUUGCCCGCUGUCUACAGGACUGUAUGAGCAAGUGGUAGGGAUCUAGAUGGGUUGUUUAAGAGGCAAGUUGUCCUGGUUCAGAAAAAAGAGUGAUGUAUCAUGCCUUGUGUUAUGGUGCCCUCUGCUGUCAAGUAUUUCUUAAUAUUCAGAGCUGUUGAACUGCAAGUUCUGUCAAAUGCCUUUCCAUUAAAAUAUCUAUUGGAAAUGAUCUGUUUAAGUGUCAAUUACGCACGUAUUCUUUUAAUCGAUGUUUAAAUGAUUAAUAACCAAAAUAAAUACUCACUGAGCUCCGUCGCUUGUAAAUAUGAACCAUCAGCUGUUGGUACUAAAGUAAACCAAAUUUGUGAGACAUUAUCAUCACCUGCUAAAUGAUUAUAUUGGAUUCAGCUGUCGCUGAUUUACACAUAACAAACUGUUUAAAAACGGAAUUGCAUCUGCACUGGAAUUUCAGGAUAAUUCAAAGAAGGCAACUAUUUAACCAGUUCCUGUAACAUUUCACACAGCUAGCUCCUCGCCUCAGCGCUUCAGAAAAUUGAUCAGAAUUGCAGCAAAUCAAGAUCCUCCAAGGUUAUAAAAGUGCUCCUGUCAUUGAAUGUUUGGUUCUUUCUUCCCAAAUGGUGACAUUUUUGUGUUUCUGUAAUACUGUAUUAAUGUGGACUUUCUGUGGUUAGGUUGAGCGUUAUCAGUCUGCUGCUACGAUUUUGCAGUGGCCAUUUGCCGCCGCUGUGGGUUUCAGAUUAAAGCUUUGAAGACACUAUUUCAGUCAUUUGUCCAUUCAAGAUGUAAAGUGGAUGGAGACCAGAGGUGGACAGUCCAGCGGUCAGAAAGUAAAAGCCCUCCCAUGCAUUUCUUCCUCCCAUGAACUCUGCCAGCUGAUUUCACUAAAUCAGUGGUGUCAAACUCGUUGCCAUGGAGGGCCGUGUGUAUGCAGGUUUUCAUUCCAGCCUCAGAUCUUGAUUAUAUAAUUAGUUAAAUUAUUUGCUGAAUUAGGGAUGCAGGUUUGUGCACAAUGGUGACCCGACGUCUAUGGUGACCCGCAUUGUCUAAAUAAAAAUGUUCUUAUAUUCUGUGCUUCAAUGCAGUUAAACGCAUAUGGCUGAAUGAGUAAUUGGACUCAAUUAAGGCAGCAUUAAUUGGUUGGAAUGAAAACCUGCAUACACACGGCCCUCCAUGGCAACGAGUUUGACACCACUGCACUAAAUAGUC